CUCGUUUCUAUCCAGGACUUCCUCUCCUCCAGAUUUCUGUGUCCCCGGUCCCGUCAAAAUACCCCAGUAAUGUAUCCCGCCGAAAGCAACAGCGAAUCAAAACCCAACAGCAGCACAGAAACAGCAAGCAAAGCAAAGCCUUCCCGUUUCCUAGUUGUAGUUGCCUCUCCCCUCCCGCUAAUCAAAUCCCAGGACCGAAUUAACAAGGGAAAGAGAGACAGCAAGAAGAAAACCCUCCCGUGCAGAUCAGAUCGGCAGAUUGCUUCGAAGCAAACCUUUGACUCCUCGACCGAUCGAGCAAGCAAGCAACUCGACCUACCUAUUUACGGAUCACCACGCGCUCGGACGGAUCGAGCACGGAUCACCUACCUAUUGAUCGAUUUCGUCCGAAGCCUGCGGCUGUGUGCAAGCAUGCUGGAGCUACUGCUGGUGGGGUGCAGCAGCGUGGUGCUGCUCCUCCACGGCGCCAACUUCCUCCUCCGCGCGCUCUUCGCUCGCCGCGGCGCCGUCGCGCGCCCCAUCAGCUUCCUCGGGUUCGUCGCGUGAGGGACCACCGAUCGAUCGAUCGAUCUCGCCAAGGCCGGGGCCGACCGUCCGUCACGAUCCCGCACCGCGCGCGCGCGACGGAUCGGAGCGCGAACAACAUGCCGUGCACCGUACACCGAUCGACCAACCGGCCGUGCCCUUCGAUCUCUCUCUCAUGUGUAUAUAAUCUGUGAAAGACCGACCUGUGCGGGCUCGGUCGUGCGUUGAGCAGUCCAUGUAUGCAUUCAGUAGGUUAGCUAGCAGUAGAAGAAGCAGACUCCUUUCAAAAAAAAAAAAAAACAGAGAGACAAGAAGCAGCAGCAGACUGUAUAGCACUACCAACUUGAUGCAUGAUUGGUUAUUAUUGGUCGAUUUCUCCC